CAGAACGAGCAAGAGAAGAAUACAUAACAUCACACCUUGACUAUAAUUCAUAUAUCAUCGCUAUAAGCCUCGCUUGUCCCCAAAUGAAAACUCAUCCUCUCCCUGCCCCCCUACCUCUGGAUGCCCACCCACUGUCUCUUGGUCUCGGACCUGCUCCACGAUUUUCCCAUCCACCACGAGAUCUCUGUCCCAUCUGUCCUUGUUGGUUCAUACCCAUCAGCGGUGGACGUGCGUAUUGAUCAAGAGGAGAUUGAUAACCGUAAGAGUGACCGUAUGAAGUUGGAGGAAUUGGAGGAGGCAACAUCCCUUGUCCUGGUGCUUGAGAAGGUGAUAAACCUGCUCCCACUCCUGGAACCCCUAUACCGCCAACGCCAACUAUACCACCGAUACCUGAUAAACCUGGAACAGCUGGAACAACCGAAGUACCUGGUACACCGCCAACAGUCGAUAAACCUCCAGUAUUCGGUACCCCAGUGAGAAUACCAGGAUUCAAACUUGCCAUAAGUGCUUGAAGCUGAGCGUUCUGUAAAGGUCCCAUAGGAGGAGCUACUUGAUUUUGAGGUACGUUCCCCACGUCUAUCCCUCCAAAAGGCUGAGAAAUGUAUGUCGGAUGUCCUGGUGGUAUCGACGGAGGAUUAGGUGUGAUACCAUACGGCGAGUUGGAUGAAGUGUUAUUGAGAGAUGGUAUCGAUGGAACAGGGGUGAAAUUGGUUUGAGAAGGUGAAAGAUGAGUUGGAAUCUCUUUGUUGGCUACGAAAACACCAAGGAACAUUGAUUCUCUUCGUUCGCGAGGUAAAUUAUAUCCCUCUAUCAAAUCGGUCACUUCUGGUGAAGGAUCUGACGGACGGAGUGGGAUGAGGUAAAGUUCUU